GAUGAGCUACGACGUUCGAAAAAUAUUUCCAAAGUUACUUGAAUCUUUAUCAUAACAGUUCAGGUAAUUUUGGAAAUAUAAAGUAAGAUUGCAUGAAUUGUAUUUUUUGGUUCCCACUUUGAAUCAACUAAGAAAUGCUAUUAAUAUGAUGGAUGAGAUCGAUGAUAUGGAAAGUGAAGAUGAAGAGAGCGAGGAUGAAGAGAGUGAUGAUGGGGACGCUGCAGAGAGCUAUGAAGAAGACGGCGAUAUCGAAGAGAGUGAGGAAGAAGAUGAGGAAGCCGAGGAAAGUCAGGACGAAGAAGAGGAAGAAGAAGAAGAGGAUGAGGAAGAGGAUGAGGAUGAAGACAGUGAUGAAGAAGAGUCAGCUACUGAGAGUGGAGAUGAAAAGAAAUAAAAAAAACCAUGCUACGCGGCUGAUGAACCGGAGGAGCUCUGGACAGAUUAAGAUCAAAGACAGACAGGACAAAAGAAAAACAACAUACAUUACAUAAUUUAAAAAGAAACAAUGAUUUCCAUUUCAUAUAUUUUGUGCCAAAUAUUAAAGACAUCUUGAAUUAAGUCGGUAACAAUUGUACAACUGUGGUACAUUCAGUAGUUUGUUACGAUUUCAUAGGAAAAUAUAUGUAUUCCAAUUAGAUUAUGAAAAUUACAAAUAUUAACAAAAUAUUCAGUAAUGUAAAACAAAAACAGUAAUAGUUAAAUUGUAAGACACGCAAAAUAAGUAAACACGUGUUAUCAAUUUCUACAUGUAUCUGUGCUAUAUAGUUCAUAUAUGUCGUAUUUUCGGAUCUUUAUAUAGGUAUCGAUCUUUUAUGUAAUCAAUCAACUGUAAUAUUUUGUGAGGCACUAUCAACUAUGCCUUGUCAGCAAGGAAUGUCAGAACUUGCCCUGUUUCGAAGUAAG